CUCUCUCUCUCUCUCUCUCUCUCUCUCUCUCUCUCUGUGGUCCCAAAGCCCCCACCCCACCCUCUCUCAAACACAAAGCUGUCGCCGGAAAAGGAAAGAUUCCGACCACCCGCUAGAAAUGUCGACGAGUUGGAGCAACAACUGGUUACUCUCUCUCAAGAUCGUGCUGAUCUCCACCGGCGUCGUCUCCAUGGCCGUCGCACUGAAGCUCUCGGUUCCGGUGGCCGCGGACCUCGUCGCCUCGCAAGUGCCUUCUCUAUGGAGCUCUCUGCUCUCUUGGCUCACACCUCCUUACCUCUACAUCCUCAUCAACUGCAUCAUCAUCAGCAUCGUCGCCUCCUCCAAGCUCCAUAAUCCAAAAUCCGAAGAUAAUCACGAUUCCGAAACUAUUCCGCCGCCGCCGGAGAUGGUAUCCGUCGCUCCGGUAUUGACGGUGAAGAUCCCCGCCGCGGAAGUGAGGCCUGAGUACACAUCCUACAACAGCGUCGCUCUGAGCGAGUACGGUUACGAUUCCAAUGUGUUGCCGGAGGUUUCCGAUUCGUACGGAGAUGCAGCGGCGGUUGAGACCGUUGAGGAUUUGAACGCGGAGCCGGAGAAGGAGAAGAGCGAGGUUCUUAACGUCGGUGAUGACGCCGCCGUCGCCACCGCCGCGGCAUCCAGGCCUGCACGGAGUGGUUUGCAGAGGAAGGAUUCCAUGGAGUUUUGGUUGAAUGAGAACCAGAGGCCACCGGUUUCUGCUAGAUUCGCUCACAGAAAAGCUAGCCCUGAAGGAGGGAGGUCGUUGGGAGUGUCGAAGUCGAAGAGGCACGACACGCUGGAGAGCACGUGGAAGACGAUAACGGACGGCCGAUCGGUGCCGUUAACGAGGCACUUGAAGAAGUCCGACACGUGGGAGCGGCGAAUGGACCAGAAUACCCCUCCUGCUAACAACAAGACGAUGAACAAGUCGGGGACGUUCCACGAGCGGAGCAGCACGACGGCGACGGGGUCGCCGGUGAGACAGUCGCCCGGGUCGUCGGGGGCCCGGCUGAGGAAGGAACCGUCGCUGAGUCAGGACGAGUUGAACCGGCGGGUGGAGGCGUUCAUCAACAAGUUUAACGAGGAGAUGAGGCUGCAGAGGCAGGAGUCGUUGAAACAGUACAAGGAGAUGAUCGGCCGUGCGGCCCUGGCGGCGCCGUUAGCUCAUUCGGUUUAGAGAGCUAUUUUGGUCACUUUACUAGAUAUCUAUCGCCAAAAAGUUUAUCGCGUUUGCUUUGUUUUGCCAAUGUCCAUUAUUUUUCCCUCUCGUUUGUUCGAGAGGGAUGAAGGUACUUGUAGUUGUAGGAAGUAGGAACUAUAAAUAUAUGCUUGAGAAAGUACGAGUUUGUAAUCAAAGAGAGAAAUGUUACCUUCUAUUCGUAAGAUGCUCAAAAUCCAAUAGCGAGUAAUUAAGAGCUUGUUUAUA